AUACAUAAAGAUGUCGAGUCCUUAUUUAAAUAAUAUGAUAAUAAUCGGAUGCAUACUUACGUAUACGAGCGCACGGGCAUGGGUUCUCAUGUCUGGCUUCACACUCGCAUUUGGAAGUAUGUUCAGUAAGACGUGGAGAGUUCACGCGAUCUUCACAAACAUUAAACUCAAUAAAAAACUCAUUAAAGACUACAAAUUAUUUAUGGUGGUCGCGGUACUGGUGUUCAUUGAUGUGGCCACUCUCACUACUUGGCAAAUAGUCGACCCUUUUUACAGGGAUACACAGAAUGGCACGGCAGAGCCGUCACCACAAAACGAGGACAUUUGGGUGAUUCCCGAAAUGGAGUAUUGCCAGAGCAAGAGAAUGACUAUAUUUUUGGGCUCAAUAUAUGCAUUUGGCAUAUUCCUGGCCUGGGAGACCAGACAUGUUAGCAUUCCAGCGCUUAAUGACUCCAAAUAUAUCGGAAUGAGUGUCUAUAAUGUGGUGAUCAUGUGUGUGAUCGGCGCCGGCCUAUCAUUCCUCAUUAAAGACUACAAAUUAUUUAUGGUGGUCGCGGUACUGGUGUUCAUUGAUGUGGCCACUCUCACUACUUGGCAAAUAGUCGACCCUUUUUACAGGGAUACACACAAUGGCACGGCAGAGCCGUCACCACAAAACGAGGACAUUUGGGUGAUUCCCGAAAUGGAGUAUUGCCAGAGCAAGAGAAUGACUAUAUUUUUGGGCUCAAUAUAUGCAUUUGGCAUAUUCCUGGCCUGGGAGACCAGA